ACAAAAGUCGUUUGUUUACGAAUUAUUGUUUUUGUUCCUGGAUUACGUUCAUGACUUGAAAUUUGUCAGAGACAUAUUUUUAAGAAAUAAUAAACACAUUUCUCGUCACAAUGGUAUGCGAUAAAUGUGAGAAAAAAUUAGGGAAAGUAAUCACUCCUGAUCCAUGGAAAGCUGGAGCAAGAAAUACUACAGAGGGUGGUGGAAGGAAAAUUAAUGAAAACAAAGCUUUAACUGCUACUAAAGCUAGAUUUUCUCCUUAUGGAACUUUUGCACAGUGCAAAAUUUGUCGUCAAAAGGUUCAUCAGCAAGGCUCCCAUUACUGCCAAGCAUGCGCGUACAAGAAAGGAAUAUGUGCUAUGUGUGGGAAAAAGCUCCUGGAUACGAAGAAUUAUAAACAGUCAUCCGCAUAACAGAACAUUGGAAAAAUAUCUUGUAAAUAAUAUCAUCUAUAAGAACAUAUUUAUUCGUGUAUUCUCUUUGUGUGAUACUGAUUGUCAUUAAAGCAACUGUUGUCAUGCU